AAGGACCAUUGGAUUGGAGUUAGUGGGAUGAAUCAACAGGUAAACAACAAAAAAGAAUUUGCAUUCAUUUCAUAUCAUGUCAUGUCCAUCACAAUAUAUCCAGCAUGUUCAUCAUGUUCAUCAUGUUCAUCGUGUUCAUGUUCAUAUCCCAUAUUCACAUUCAUCCAAGUAACACACAGAAUGUGCCCAUCUUGUUCAUGUUUGGAUUCAUAUCCAUUUGUCCAUUUGUGUGUCCCUUCCUUUACCAUCCCAUCCCUCCAUCCCCCUCUUUUUUCCUCGUUCACUUUCUUUCGUCCUCAUCUUCUUUCCCUGCUUUGUCUCUGUCCCCUCUUUCUUUUAAAAAAAGCUGUUUAAUCUGCAGUGCACGAACUGCUCCCCGAGAAAUAAAAGAGUCGUUUUUAAAAAAGAAGGGUGAAAAAGUGAAAGAGAAAGGGAAAAAGACAAAGGUGAAGAGGGGGGUCUCAAACAACGAAUGCAAACAGCAACUCUAAACAACAAACAUCCAGCACAUACAGCACAAACGAUCCAAGGAAUCAAUGUUUGUACACAACAAAGAUCGAUAGACUGACUGACUGACUGACUGACUGACUGACUGACUGGGAUGGCAUGAACAUGAACAUGAACAUGGGAUUGAUUUGAUAGUUGAAAUGAAUCUUUUUUUUUUUUUUUUUUU